AUGUCUAAUCCUAGUGCUACAGCUGGUGAUAAGACCACUUCGACUUCAUCUAAAUCUCCUGGAACGACUCAACAACAAACCGGUCAACAGCAAACCGGUCGGUCUGAGUUAAAACCACCGAUCACCAUGACUUACAACAAUGAAAAGUUGGAAGCCACUGGUGUGAAACCGUUGGAAGCUCCCGGUGAAUCUUCGAACUAUCAUUAUUGGCAAUUCGUCAUUGGUACAGUUAUUAGAGGUUCCUCUUUUGGUUAUGUCAUACGCGAUGUUCAACCUAAUCCAUUACCGGCGUCUAAUGAACACGAUUGA